CGGCGCGCGGGCGGAGUGCGCGUCCACACCGCAGAGCCCGCCCGGUGAGCGCCCUGCGCCGCCGCCUUCCCCGCGCUUCUGCGGGAGCGCUGACGGCCGCAGGGUUUCUCCAGCGCGCCGCACUCCACGUCGGGGCAGACUCCCACGGGCGGGUUAUUAUGGUAUCUGCGUCCAACAUCAUGGAUCCCAUUUGUCUAGUGGAAAAUGAUAAAGAGCAACUGGUGGUGAACCCAGAGGCAAUAAAGGUUCUCCAAACAAUUACUGAUCCUGUGGUGGUAGUGGCUAUUGUUGGACUGUAUCGUACAGGAAAAUCCUACCUGAUGAACCGUCUUGCAGGACAGAACCAUGGAUUCAAUCUGGGAACUACGGUGAGGUCCGAAACCAAGGGCAUCUGGAUGUGGUGUGUACCUCACCCUCAGAAGCCAAAAUUCACCCUUGUUCUUCUGGACACUGAAGGCCUGGGUGAUGUGGAAAAGAGGGACCCUAAGAAUGACUCCUGGAUCUUUGCUCUGGCCGUGCUUCUGAGCAGCACCUUUGUCUAUAACAGCAUGAGCACCAUCAACCACCAGGCCCUGGAGCAGCUGCACUAUGUGACUGAACUAACAGAGUUAAUCAGAGCAAAAUCCACUACAAAUUUUGAGGAAAUGGAUGACUCUGAUGAGUUUGUGAGUUUCUUUCCAGACUUUGUUUGGGCUGUUCGGGAUUUCAUCCUGGAGCUGAAGUUAGAUGGAUACCCCAUCACAGAAGAUCAGUACCUGGAGAAUGCCUUGAAGCUGAUUCCAGGCAGAAGUCGCAAAAUCCAAAAUUCCAACAUGCCUAGGGAGUGUAUCAAGAAUUUCUUUCCAAAACGAAAGUGUUUUGUCUUUGAUCGACCUACAAAAGAAAAAGAUCUCUUAGUUCAUAUUGAGGAACUUCCAGAAGACAAGCUGGAUUGUAAUUUCCAAGCACAAUCAAAAAAAUUCUGUUCUUACAUCUUUACCAAUGCGAAGCCCAAGACGCUGAAAGAAGGAAUCAUUGUCACUGGGAAUCGGCUGGGGGCUCUGGUGGAGACCUAUGUGAAGGCCAUCAACAGUGGGGCAGUGCCUUGCUUGGAGAACGCAGUGACCACUCUGGCCCAGCGUGAGAACACAGCAGCUGUGCAGAAGGCAGCUGACCACUACAGCAAGCAGAUGGCCCAGCACCUGCAGCUUCCCACAGACUCACUCCAGGAGCUGCUGGAUGAGCACACGGCCUGUGAGAAGGAGGCCAUCGCAGUCUUCAUGGAGCUCUCCUUUAAGGACGAAAAUCGAGAAUUUCAGAAGAAGUUGGUGAGAGCUAUUGAAGAAAAAAAGGAAGCUUUCUUGUUGCAAAAUGAAGAGGCAUCUGUCAGAUAUUGCCAAGCUGAACUGCAGCAGCUCUCAAAAACCCUGAUGGAUAGCAUUGCAAAAGGAAUUUUUUCUGUUUCUGGAGGCCACAGUCUCUACACAGAAGCAAAAAAGAAGGUCGAACAGGGAUACCAUCUACUGCCCAGGAAAGGAGUUAAGGCAAAUGAGAUUCUCCAGAGCUUCCUGCAGGCACAGGCUGCUAUAGAGAAAUCCAUCCUGCAGUCGGACAAAGCCCUCAGUGAUGGAGAGAAGGCCUUAGCAGCUGAGCGAGCCAUGAAGGAAGAGGCUGAGAAGAAACAGGAGCUCCUGAGACAGAAACAGAAAGAGCAGGAGCAGAUAAUGAAGGCCCAAGAGAAAAGCUUCAGGGAGAACAUGGCUCAACUGAAGGAGAAGAUGGAGAGGGAAAAGGAUAACAUCCUGAGGGAGCAAGAGAGGAUGCUGGAGCACAAGCUGAAGGUCCAAAAAGAAUUGCUUGAGGAAGGAUUUGCAAAGAAAUCUGAGGAGAUGAACACAGAAAUACAGCGACUACAAAAAGAAUUUGAAACAGCUAAGAAGGACAAGUCCUCUCUGGGUGCACGUGUCUUUCAUGGGAUUGGCAAUGUGUUGAUUUCAGAAUUGCCAGGUGCUGGUAAGCUGCUUGGUGUGGGAUUCAAAAUUUUGGGUGAAAAUAUGAAAUAGGCUCAAAAUUUCUAUUAGCAAAUGAUAAGUAGACCUCUUUUGUUUUUCUGAGGCUCAGUUUUGAAGUCUGUGUUUCAAUUUAUUAAGUCAAAAAUAAAAGGUAUGUAUCAAAGCCUGCUACAUACAAGAUAAAUUUGUUUUGACAACAUAAUAAAAGAAAAGACUAAAUCUGUAAUGUCAACAAAUACCAUGCAAUACAAUUAUCUGGAAAUCAGUAAAAAUCAUGUUAAGACAUUUGUAAUUAUGGGAGUUCACAAUUUUUAAAUGUACAGAAAUAAAAAUGUCAAUAUAUACUACAUCAAUGUAAUUGAAAUAAAUACACCAAAUAUUUUCUUUAGAAAUACUGUCUGUGGCAAAAGUCCCAAGCAAGGUAGACAAUGAAAAUCUGAAUAAAGCAGAUAAGAGAAAACACAAGCUGGUAAACUGUCUAACGUAUAGCCAAUGAUGCUAGCCCCUGGAUAUUGGAACAGCAAUACAAUAGACUUGGAAGUCUAAAUACUUUCAUAGAGUCACUCAGGAUUUGAAUACAUAAUAAAGUUCACACGUUGUAAAGUAUUCAAAAAAAUUGAAAAAAAAGUUGAAGUUCUUAUAUAUUCUACCAAAAAAUGUCAAAUGAAUCAAAAUACAGACAUGAAACACUAUACUAUGAAAGUAAGUGUGGUGGAAGAAUACUCAAAUAAAAAUUCUGGAGGGAUGCCCUUUCCCAGUGUGACAUAUGAGAAACACAUUUCAAAACAAAGAAGUGAUAACGUUAUCUACAUAAAAAGACAUUCUCCAAAGAAAAACAUUAGCAAAAUAUGAAAAAUGACAAAACAAGGAAUAUAUUUAGUCACAAAAUGUUAAAAUAAUUUAUAAAAAUGCUUUAAAUCACUGAGAUUAAAGACUAACUCCCUUGAAAACAUUGAACAAAUAUCUAAGGUGAAACUAAAGAUGUUCAAUUUCAACAGUAAGAGGUGUUGAAGAUCAAGAAGGAAUGAAAACCACUUUUGUUUUGGUCGGUUUUGUUUUGACACAAGCAUUUAGGUAAACAGAAAAUAUUUUUACUUUACUACUAAGAGUGUGAAUUACUACAACUAUACACCAAAACAAUCAGUGCACAAGUCUUUGAUCCAUCUUGAAAUUAUCUUUAAUGACCCAUCUAUCAAAUUUCACAUGUAAAAGAAAAGACUAAAUUGGUACUCUCAACAAGUAUCACACAAUACAACUAUCUGGAAGUCAGUAAAACUCAUUUCAAGACAUUAAUUAUCAGAAGUCACAAUUUUUAAAUGCACUGAAAUAAAAAUAUUGAUGCUUCUUACAUCAAUAUGCAGUGAAUCUAAUGUAAUUCAUUUUUGUAGCAAGGAAUCUGAGCAGAAAACUGAAGACCACUAACUCUUUGUGAAAUACUAGUGAUAGAUACCAAAGGACAUUAUGCAAAGGAAUACUCUACAGUCACUACAAUAAAAGGACAAACUCAUGCGUACUAAUACAAGAGAAUCUUGAAGAGUUAUCAUAAAAUGUAGAGAAAAGACAAGUGAUGUCUAUAGAUGCUCCCACUGAAUGAAGAAAACUACAUACAUACUGAUAUUAUAUAACUCAAGACAAAUACACAAUAAACUAAUAACGGUAGUCAAAAUAAACGCUUUUUAUGUUGACUUACUUUUUUAUUCUUGACUUGAAAUCUUAUUAAAUAGACUAUGCCUUCA